GUAAAACCUGAAAGACAUCAAAGAUCUGCACAAGUUUACUACCACCAUUCUAGGAAACAACGGCCUGUAAAAGGUAGAUACCAAACACAAGAACUUGUGAUAAUUUACAACUGAACAGCGCUGCGAGGCUCAAUCUUGAAGAUCGUCACACAAAUAUAAAUUCAAAUAAAAGCAAGCCAGAAAAAGAUGCUGGUACGGCGCAAUAAUCACUCUCGUGGGCCGCCCAGUCGGCAGCGGCCGCGACGGAGCAGCUGCAACUACUACUCUACCACCACCCUGGCGCUACUCACGACUUUCAACUACAUCAUUUUUUCC